AUGGGCAAGUGGGAGCGAGAUAUUUGGAUUUGGAAGCCUGAGUGGUCAGCUUUGUUAUCCGAAACCGAAUCUGUUUUCGCACAGGAUUUACUGUUAAUUCUGGACCAGGUUAGGUCUUUACGGACAGGGAGUGAUCGGCCAAGAUGGAAUUUACAUGCUGCAGGUUUUUUUACGGUAAAGUCAGUUUAUGUAGCAUUGCAGAACAGGUCUGCUGUGCGUGAUAUAGGGCCAACUACGGCGAAGGCGUUGAAGUGCCUUUGGUUGAAUAAUGUCCCGUCGAAAGUAAGUAUAUUCGGUUGGAGGUUGUUGUUAGAAAAGCUACCAACUAGAGAGGCUUUAUACAAAAAAGGAAUUAUCACAAAUAUACACGAGAGGUGUUGUGUCUUUUGUUAUAAUGAAGUAGAAGAUACUCAACAUAUUUUCUUCAAAUGCACUGUUUCGGAACAGGAAACGAUAGCAAGAGGUUCCGGCACAUUAUUUGGUUGGCAACAACGUGGAGUAUAUGGCGUAAACGCAAUAACAUUUUAUUUAGAGGAGACUUCGUUAAUGUGCCUUCUUUAG